AUGGUUGAAAGAAACUCUCAAAAUGUUUUGGCAGGUGGUACAAGUCUUGGUGCCGCAGUUGCUCCUCCUCAAGCUCAUACAAAUUUCGUGGAUGCUGGAGCCACGUCGCUGAUGAAUAAACCCGGAGAGCCUCCGUUCAGAUUAGCACUAAAUACCAAUAAAAUUGAAUUCAAGUGCACUGAAGACAGAAAACCGUCGUCAGUAUUUGUGAAGUUAUUCAAUCCAACAAAUGAAACAGUCUCAUUCAAAGUUCGUUGUACUUCUGCAGACAUCUUCCGUGUUCAACCACCACUUGGAUUCGUGAAAUCAAAUGAAACUGUUUCGAUUGUGAUUUGGUAUCAGAAUCAAGACAAAAAGGAUGCCAUGUCCAAAUGCCAUUAUUUUGCCUUUUAUCAUACUCAUAGUGAUGGACGGACUGCUCGUGAACUAUGGGCAAAUUCUAAAGCAGAAGGUGUUCGUCGUCUUCCGGCUUCUUUUAUUUCUGCAAAGUGA